AUGGCCGAUGUGCCCGUCUGCGUCAUCUCAGACAACACCUCUUCGGAGCGUCGCGUCACGCCGUCCUGGACCAUCAGUCAGCUGAGGUCCAAACUCGAGACCAUUACGGGCAUUCCCCCGUCUUCGCAGCUUCUGAGUCUGCAGACGUCCAAGGGGACCGAACGGGUCCCCAUCGACGCGGCCGAUGAGGACAGCACCCGCAUCUCCAGCUUUCCCCUGGCGCCGUACGCGGAGCUGCACGUGGGAGAUUCCCGACCGGCCGCCGCUCGCCCCAACUACAACGACACCUCGGCCGUCGACAAGUACGUGAUGCCCGAGGACGAGUACGAGAGGAAGACGGACUCGGUUCUCGCCUGGAAGAAGCAGCAGAAGCUCGGCCGCUUCGACCCCGACGCCCCGCACCACGAACGGGCCAAGCUCGACGCCAUGCGGCAGGAGGUGUGCCGGCGAGGCAUCGACGUCGGCAAGCGGUGUCGCGUCGGCGGCGAGGACGCGCGCCGCGGGGUCGUCGAGUACGUCGGCGACGUCGACGAGAUUCCUUCGGGCAAGGGGACUUGGGUGGGCAUCCGCCUGGACGAGCCGGUGGGGAAGAACGACGGAAGCAUCGCCGGCAGGCGGUACUGGGGGGAGCCGUCGGAGAUGAAGCACGGAGUCUUUGUGCGGCCGGACCGGGUCGAGGUGGGCGAUUACCCGCCGAUGGAUGAUCUCGAGGAUAUGGAGGAGAUUUGA